AUGAAUGUAACAGACGACUCAACCAAUGUAUCCAUUUGGUCCACUGUUACUUACAAUCGCACCAGUAACUCCAGUGCAGGGGAAGACCGCCGGAGUUACCGAAACUUCUACGAAUAUCACGCCAGUGAACAGCUCUGGCUCAUCGCCCCUCCCAUACUGAUCAUAUUUGGGACGCUGGGAAAUGCGCUUUCAGUAUGCGUUUUGUCCACAAAGAAGCUCCGGAACUUGACCACCAGUCUGUUUCUCAUUGUGCUGGCCAUAGUGGACACAACUGUCCUGUUUACCGGACUUUUGCGUUACUGGAUCCGUCACCUUAGCAACGUUGACAUCCGCCAUCUAUCGGCCGUGGGCUGCAAGGUGCACGUGUUUCUAGUAUACACCAGCCUGGAUGUAUCUGUGUGGCUGCUAAUGGCGGUCACAGUAGAGCGCUUUCUUGCCGUGUGUUUUCCAUUUCGGGUAAAACAACUGUGCACAAUUGACGUUGCUAAGGUAACAAUUGUCACCAUCGUCGCCGUUCUUUCCCUCGUGAACUGUCACUUCUUCUGGACGAUGGGUGACGUGGAAUACGUGAUCGGCAACAAGACGUACACGCAACGCUGCACCUAUGCCGAUGUGAAAUACUACGCCUUUAUGACCAAAAUAUGGCCGUGGAUAGACUUUUGCAUCUUUUCACUUAUUCCACUGACUUUAAUGUUGCUCUGCAACAUAUCCAUCACCGUUGGAUUGGGGAGAUCAUACUACCGCCGAAAGCAUUUGCCACUGCAGGGGGACCAUCCCGCCAGCGACGUCCGUAUGACCACUAUGACGGCAAUGUUAAUGGCUCUAAGCAUCGUCUUCAUAGUUACCACCGUCCCUAUCGCCGCGUACCUGAUCGGCCAGCGCGAGUGGACCAAAAACGCCGACAGUCACACGAUAGCAAAGCUCAGCCUCGCCUGGGCUAUUGUUAACAUCCUUCAGUAUUCGAACAAUGCCUGCAACUUCUUGCUUUACUGUCUCAGCGGGCCGCGCUUUCGGAAGGCGCUGACGGAAAUAGCUUGUGUGAGGUGCUUCAGAAAUAAAGUGCAUCCCGGGAACACGGCCACCGCCGGGUCAACGACUGCUGGGGUAGAUUACCCCAGAGAUCAGCCAAACUCUGCAGAGACCUGUGCAUGA